CACCGGACAUAGACUGGCGAUUCAAUGAAUUUCCGAACCCGGCUGCCCAUGCAUUACACACUAUAUGUGUUGAGCUAAUGUCAUUACCUGUCAGCGGUAGAAAUGUUGGAAAUUCUAUCAUGGACGUGGUUCUGAAACAUCAUACGAUGAUACCAAGACAGAAUAUAAUGUGUUGGAUGAAUGCUAUUGGAUUAAUUCUAACUUCACUGCCUGAACCGUAUUGGAUAUCACUUCAUGAGAGAAUUAUAGAAACACUCAAGAGCAGCAUUUUGAGCAGCAUCAAAAGCGGAACUGCAACAGCCGGAAUUGUUACACAGCCGUUAGUGAUGUUUGAUUUCUCAGCUCUGCAUUCGUCGUUCAGUGAGAUGGCAUGUGCCUAUUUGUUGGCACUGACCCACUCCGUCUGGCACCAUUCUAAUAUCGGACAACUAACUUACCUACCAAUGUUUUUCAAAGAACAAGUACGACCUUUGGUGGUGACUGAGGAGCAGUAUUUGUUUGUUUGUCACAUGAUAGGUCCAUUCCUCCAGAGAUUUCACCAAGAAAGAACAAGAUGCCUGAUGGAGUUGACUACAGAGUUGUAUGAGAUGUUAGAGCAAGUAGACAGAAACUCUUCACAUAUCAACAACAUGGAUCCUAUAUGCGAUUUCUUAUAUCAUGUUAAAUACAUGUUAACUGGUGAUGGCGUGAAGAACGAAGCUGAGAAAUGUAUCAAGAAUAUGAAAGAUCCAAUGCAGUCACGAUUGAAGUUUAUAACACACAUCAGUAAAACAGUGGAACAACAUCAAGCACAGCAACAACCAUUGCAACAGCAGGUACAGCAGCAGGUACAGCAACAGGUACAACAGCAGGUACAACAUCAAGUACAGCAGCAAGUACAGCAGCAAGUACAACAUCAAGUACAGCAGCAGCAGCAGCAACAGCAACAAAUGCAGCAACAGAUGCAGCAUCAGCAACAGCAUCCUUGACUCGUUAAACUACAAUUAUAGUAUUUUUAGUCCCCGUUUGAACGCAGUCCGGAAACAGGGACUUAUGUUUUGACCUUCGUGCGUCCGGACCUGUAUCUUAGAAAUGCCUGUACCAAUCACAUUCAAACUUCACAAAUACAUCAUACAUGACAUUAUACAUACUCACAUCAAUUUGUUUUACAAUCUGAUUCAAGAUGGCUGAAUGGCAGCCAUUUUUGUACCGAAAAAUCAUGAAAAUUAAGCAUUUCUCAGCUGUUUACAGAUGGAUUUUGUUCAAACUUGGUAUAUACAUUGGACAUUGUAAGACCAUGAUGCACAUCAUUUUGUUUUUCAGAUAAAAUUCAAAAUCGCCGACUGGCAGCCAUUUUGUUUUAAUGAAUGUGGUUCUAGUGGCAUAUCUCUGACUUACUUUGACUGAUUAUAUUCAUUAUACAUCAUGUCAUAGAUAUACAGAUAUACUGGUUUGACGAUCUUAUUACAAAUGGCUGAAUGGUGGCCAUUUUUGUGCUAAAAAAUCAUCAAAUAUCAAGCAUUUGUGGAUGGAUUUCGUUCAUACCUAUAACUGAAACAACAUUUGUAGUAGUAUAUGUACAGUAGUAGUUGUUAAUCAGCAGCACCAACACUAAAACUGAAAGGUCAUAUCCAUUGUUUAACAUAUUGGAGGCCACAUACAUUUUUCUAUGCACGUUCUGAGCAGUAGAUAAGUGAAACAGCAAUCCAAUGUGUGUCACACGCAACGUAAUAUUACCGUAAUUGGUAUAGUACAGGUGUGAUGGUCCAAAUACCAAAAUGGCAACAGUAACAGAAAGACUUCCCUGGCGGCGAUGAUAAAAUACGAACACAGAGCCAACAGAUGAGGUUUCAACUGGUACUGGUAUUAUUAUACUCUGCAAACAUCAAGUACAAUAACGCGGUAAAACUCCACUACUCCAAUAACUAGAUACUUAAACUCCAAUACAAUUCAACAAGAUCUCCGAUCUGAUCUCAGUGCUGAACAACUCCCCUAUAUACAAUGUAUACCCACACUGUCUAUAAAUAGACCAUUACAUCAGCAUACAUAAUGAGUCUGGAACUUACUACAAAUUUCUAGAAUGUUCCAUUACCUUCUAUUGCCUCCUACAGUGUUCUAUUACCUAUUCAACCAGUUUCUAAAAAUUCCACCCAGACACAGUAUGGUUCUAGAACAUUCUCAGUCACACGGAAGUGGUAAACAAGUCGUAUGCGACAAUGUGCCAAUUGAGAUUUCCCUUUUUUUUUAAAAUAAUUAUCGCUAAAAUGUAGUGAUACAUUAAAAUGACCAUGUGCCCCUUAUCAUGUAUGGCCCGGCCAACCUUCCCUUCAAUCAUUUGCUAUUCAAAGUGUAAGGUCUCUAAAUCCAGCAAUAUUUUUUUUGCUGAUGAGUUAGGCUUAUUCCAGAAAGUAGUGUACUCGAUACAGUAUUAUAAAAUAAGUUCAAGGGAAAUAAAACAAUUUUUGUUACUUAAUUU